AAGCACUAGUAGGCAAGCCGCCGGCCGCCAUCUUAGAUCGACAUUGUUGAUUUCCUCAUCAACGAAAUGUGUCUUCAUUUUAGCAAAUAAAUUGAUUAUUAUGAGGACUUGUUAAGUUUUUAUUGAUUCUGUAGUGAUUAUAUUAUAAUGGAAGAGGAAUAUAAUAUUGAAACCCAGGACCCAGUUGUGAACGAUGUGGUGAAUCGUGCUAAUGAGGGAAAUGAAAAUAUAGUGGAUGGUGCUAAAGACUUUGGUGAUGUAGUGGCUUACGACGAGGGUUACGAGGACGAGGAAGGCGGGAACAGCUUCCGUGGAGGCCGAGGACGCGGUAGCUUCAGAAGCAGAGGCCGUGGUCCCCCGCCUGGCUGGAUGAAUGGGCCCCCUAUGAGGUUUAGAGGACGCGGAUACGGACCAGGAGGCCCCCCGAUGCGUGGACGAGGAUUCUUCAGAGGCCGUGGAGGCCCACGUGGUUUUGGACCAAACAAUGGACCCAAUUUCGAUAACAAUUGGGGCCCAAUGGGCCCUCCUCCGCCGGGGAUGAUGGGCGGGCCCCCUCCUGGUAUGAUGGGUGGGCCCCCUCCGUUCGGGCCCCCGCCUGGCAUGAUGCCCCCUGGUGGUCCGAUGGGCCCCCCUCCGAAUAUGAUGGGUCAGCCACCGCCGUUUGGUGGCCCGCCUGGCAUGCCACCUCCUAACAUGCCGGCACCAGAGCUAUGGGUGGAAACCAAGUCAGAUGAAGGCAAACCCUAUUACUACCACUCCAGGACUCGGGAGACAACCUGGACCCGCCCACAGGAGGGCCCCACCUGCAAAGUUAUAUCACAAUCUGACAUGGAAGUUAUGGUCUCUUCAGGCGGUCCAAUGAACAUGGGUGGGCCCCAGUCAGUACCUAUGAACGGGCCCAUGGGUGGCGGGGGCCCGAUGGCGGGUCCCAUGGGUAUGAUGCCGAAUGGUGUCAUGUCGAAUGUCAUGCCCCCUGGAGUACACAAUGCACCCCCUACAGGGAACGUGCCUCCAUUUAUGUCACAACCACCCCCAUGGGUGAAAGAAGGAGGUUCAAAGGAUAAGGAAGAAGAGAGUCCAGCGGAGAAUGAUGAGCUUCCUCCCGGUGAGAGUGCACCUAUACAACCUACUCCAAAUGGUAACAUGUUCCCGGGUCCCAAUAACGGGCCCCCGGGUGCAGCAGGUCCGGGACCGGGACCUAACGCGGGCCCCCCGGGCGCGUACAGCGGAUACGGCGCUGGCUAUCCCCCAGCUGGUUGGCCAGCCUGGUCCAGUUGGCCACCCCCACUAGUGGGCCAACCACCCCCCAAUAUGAAUAAUGCUGCUGUUCCUGAUUCUAAUGCAGCGACGCAGCCGCUGGGAGGUCGCGCGACCAGUCCCUCAUCAGAACCAACCCUCAUCUCCGAUUCCCCCACACCAUUGCAACAACCACCCAAGAAGGAGGAACUUGUGAUCACCCCCGAGCUGGUGUCUGCGGCGUCGGAGUGGACGACGCACCGCGCGCCGGACGGCCGGCCCUACUACUACAACGCCGCCAAGCAGGAGAGCGUCUGGGAGAAACCCAAGCCCAUGAAGGAACUCGAAGAAUUACGUGCUAAAAUAGCGUUGGAGAAGGGCGAGCCAGUUGAAAAGAAAAACGAAAAGAAAAUGGAUGUGGAUGAAGGCAAAAUUGAAGUGAUCGACGUGGAGGCCCACGCGGAGGCGCAGGCGGCGGCGGAGGCCGAGCGCGCCGCCGCCGCCGCGCAGCGCGACACUCGCGCGCCCUCCGCGCCCUCCGCGCCCUCCGCCGCCAGGCAGGACGCCGCUGCGGACAAGCCCAGCGCUGACAAGGAGAAGGAGAAGGAGAAAGACAAGGAUAAAGCCAAGCAGGACCGCAGCAGACCCAUAUCCAGCACCCCCAUUCUUGGCACGCCCUGGUGCGUGGUAUGGACGGGGGACGGGUCGGUGUUCUUCUACAACUCGGCGGCGCACUCGUCGGUAUGGGAGCGGCCCGCCAUCCUGCUGGGCCGCGCCGACGUCGACAAGGCAGUCAGCCAGCCUCCGCCCGCGCUGCUCGAGUUGCAGCGUAAGGACGCGGCCGCUGCCUCCGGUACCAAACCUGCCAACGGUGAGCUGAAGCGAACUGCCGAAGCCAACACGGAAGAAGCUGAUGCCGCCAAGAAGGUCAAGGCUGAAGAAGCGGAGAAGGAGAAGGCCCCGGGCGUGAGCUCGCUGUCGGGGACGGGCACGAUCCUGGCGGGCGCGGCGGCGGCCGUGGAGGCCGAGGUCCGCGCCGCCCGCGAGCGCGGCUCGCUGCCCCAUCCGCAGCGUCUCGCCGCCUUCCUGCGCAUGCUGCAGGAGAAGGACGUCUCCGCCUUCUCCACCUGGGAGAAGGAGCUGCACAAGAUCGUCUUCGAUCCCAGAUACCUCAUGCUCAACUCGAAGGAGAGGCGACAGGUAUUCGACCAGUACGUGCGAGACCGCGCGGAGGAGGAGCGCAAGGAGAAGAAGAACAGGCUGCAGCAGAAGAAGGUCGCCUUCCGCGCCCUCAUGGAUGAGGCCAAACUGCAUUCCAAAUCAUCAUUCAGUGAGUUCACAUCAAAACACGGUCGCGACGAGCGUUACAAAGGUAUAGACAAGGCACGCGACAGGGAGACCUACUUCAACGAGUACCUCGCCGAGCUGCGUAAGAAGGAGAAGGAAGAGAAGGACAAGGCCAGAGAACAGGUGAAAAUCGAGUUCAUUGCGCUGCUUAAAGAGAAAGGAGUGGACAGGCACUCCCGUUGGAUCGACGCUAAGAAGAAAAUCGACAGCGACCCUCGCUACAAAGCUGUAGAGGGAUCGAACUUGAGGGAGGAUUACUUUAAAGAGUACUGCAAGCUGGUGAAGGAGGAACGGAAGAAGGAGAAGGAUGGAAAGGAUAAGAAACGCGAGCGCACUGGCGGAAAGAAGGAGAAACGGGAGAAGGAACGAGAGAAGGACAAGGAGGAGAAGAAAGAAGUAAAGAAGGACAAGAAGAAGGACAAGGCAGAGAAACAGGACAUCGACGAAGAAAGGAAACAGCCAACCCCCCCACCAGACCAGUGGGCCGAAAUACUCGGCAUCCCCGGCGAGGACGAUGACAAAAAACCAACAAAAUACACGCGUAAAAGCCAAAACUCCGAAUCUAAAGACAAAUCAAAGUCAGCAACCACUUCAGAAGAAGAACAACCCUCCCCAAAGCAAUUACGGUCUUCUAAGAAAGAAGCAGCAGCACCCACGCCCGAGAAGGCAGAGAAGUCUCCAAUAAAACCUCCUCCAAAGAAGAGGAAACCAGAAGAGUUUCAGGAGACGCAGGAUGUAGAGACGGCGGCGGUCGCACCAAAGAAGGAGAAGAAGAAGGUCGAGAAGACUGAAAAGAACGACAAGAGAAAACGGAAGAAGUCGGAGAAGGAAUAGUGUUUGAUGUACGUGUUCUUCGGGCGCCGAUCCUCACUGCGCACCUAGUGCUGUAGUGCUAAACUUUGGUUCAUGCCUCCACGGAUUUGUGGGUAGUUUGAAAAAAAAGUGAUUUUGUUCCGAUUCAGUCAGUCUGUCCGUUGUACCGUAAGCGAGCGGUCGUGCGGGAGAAUAUGUAUGCGUUGAUUUAUUUCAUAACUUUUAAUAUUGCGCGGGAAUUGAACUAGUGUUUUGAAUGUUUGUUUUUAUAUGUUAUUGUACAUUUUUUCUUUUUUAUUGAUAUUUUGUGUGUAUCUGAAAAUCAUGUAUGUAUUUUUUUGUUUUAAUGUAGUUUUUAAGUUGUAAAUUGGCUAAAAGAGCUUACCAAAGUGUUUUGUCGUUUUUGUGUCUAACGUUUUUUGUAGGUUCAAUUCCUCAAUAAGGAAAUUAUGUAGGUCGAAUUUCUGCAUAGCAGUGUUAGGACCUAAUUUAGGCGCGAAUUCGCUCUGUCCUUUUAAUGUAGUUUAUUUAAAAAAUGCUAUAGUAAGUGCACUUAUUGUACCAUACUUGCUUAACCUCCUGCGAGGGAUAAAGAGUUUGAUGUAAAACAAAAAUUGUAUAGAAAAAUAUUCGCAUAAGUACCUUUUUUUGGCUGAAAUUUUUUCAUACAUUUAUAAAGGCUCGGAUUAGCGGUUUUAUGAAAAUGACACAAUUUUGGACGGU